AUGUGGAGGAGGAGAAAAUUUUUGUUGGGGGGGGGGUUGUGGGUUGGGGUUUGGUUGUUGUGUGGGGGGUGGGGUGGUUUAGUGUUGUUUUUUGUUGGGGUUUGUGUUGGGGUUUUUGAUUUUUUUGUUUGGGGGUUUUUGUUUGGUUUGGUGUGUUUUGUGUUUGGGUUUUUUGGGUUGUUUGGGGUUUGUGUUUGUGGUUGGGUUGGUUUGUGGGGGUUUGGUGUUUGGGUUUGUUUUGUGGUUGUUGGGGGGGUUUGGUGGUGUGGGGUUGUUUGGGGGGGGGUGUGGUGGUUUUGGUUUGUUGGGUGGUUGUGGUUGUUGGGUUUGGAGGGGGGGUUGUGUGGGGGUUGUGGGGGGGGUGUGUUUUUGUUGUUUUGUGUGGUUGUAUGUUGGGGGGGUGGGGUUUUGUGUUUUGUUUGGUGGUGUUGGGUUUUUGUGUUGGGUGUGUUGGGGGGGUUUGGGGUGGUGUUGUGGUUAUGGGGGGGUGUGGAGUGGAAAUGGGUUGGUUGUUGGGGUUUGUUUGUUUUGUGGGGGGGGGGUGUAGGGGGUUUUGAGGAUAUGAUGGUGGGGAGAGAAUGUAUAGGGUUGUGUGGAGGGAAGUUUGGUUGGAGGGGGGUAGUGUGGGGGGUAGGGGGGAUGAAGAUUGGAGAUAUGGGAGUGGUUGGGGUGGUGUGGGUUGGUUUGGGUGUUGGGGAUGGGGUUUUUGGGUGGUGUUGGUGUUGGGUGGUUGUUUUGGGGUUUUGUUUAGGGUUGAAUUUGGGUGAUUUGGUGAUUGUUGGGUUUGGGAAGGGUUUUUUGGGAGUUUUUGUGUUUAUUGUGGUGGUGGGUGGGUUGGUUUUUGUGGUUGUUGUUUUGUGUUGGGUUGUGGGGUGUGUGUGUUGUGGGUUGGGUGAUGGGGUUGGGGUUUUUGUAGUUGUGAGGAGUGGGUUGGUUUUGUGUUUUUUUUUGUUGGUUGGGGAUUGA